AUGGACGACUAUGAUUAUGAAAGAUAUGAAGAUGAAAUUUAUAAAGAAAAUGUGACAGAUUCUGAAAGAAAUUCUAUCGGUGGUAUUGAUAAUUUCAAUGCUGCCAAUGUUGGUGGCAGUAAUAAUCCUAGAUUAGAUGAUAUGGCUACUCAUAUAAUAACACCAAUCAAAUUAAAAAAUCAUCCUGCAGAACUAGAUGACGAUAAUUAUAACGGAGAAAUUUCUUUUACAUCAAGUAUACCCAGAGAAUCUGGUUGUAGUUGGUGUAACGAAACUACUCAUACCGAAGAA